AUGAGAUUAAUCACAGAAGUUGCCGCCAUAUGUGUUCUUAUUCCCUCCGUUGUGAAUGGCAAACCUACAGCGAAGAGACAAGCUGGUUGUGUAUCUCCGGUACAGAGACGAUCGUGGUAAGGGUAACGUACUGUCGCAACGAGCUCCUGGUCUACUGACUAUUGCCAUCAGGACCGCCCUCGACGCGCAACAGAAACAAGCAUAUCUCAAUGCUGAAAGAUGCUUGCAGACUUCCCCUGCACGGUACGGCAUAGCCGGAGCGACCAGCCUCUGGGAUGAAUUGCAAUACGUUCACGUACGGCAGUCAUCGUAUAUCCACGGCGUGGUAUGCAAUCAUGUCCUCCGCGACGAAUGUCUAACCCGGACUGAUAAGGAUUCAAAGGGAGCGUUCCUACCAUGGCACAGAUACUACACGAAACUCCAUGAACAUCUCCUACAAACCCACUGCGGCUAUCGCGGCGGCGUACCGUAAGUCCAAAUCUUUCAACCCCUGAAAUUCCCCCACCCAAACGCGGACCCCCCCAAAAACAAUCCUCCUCACAAUCAUCCAACCCGCAGAUACUGGAACGAAGCCCUCGACGCACCCAACAUCCUCGCCUCGCCCAUCUGGAGAGAUUUCGGCGGCAACGGCGCCGGUCCCAAUCGCUGUGUCCCCGACGGACCCUUCUCAGCCUUACGACUGCGCUAUAACGAAGAAGCACAACCCGGCGCGGAAGUCUGCCUGAGCAGAGAACUCAACGCGGGGAAUUUCGCGGAUGCCAGGCAGGAGAAUGUCGCGACGUGUGCCGGGAUUCCAACGUUUUGGGAAGCGGCGGAUUGUUAUGCGAAUCUGCCGCAUUGGGCGGGACAUGCUGGGACGGGGGGGAUUGUGAGUAUUUGAGCUCCUCGGCAGUCGUGUGAUGGGCUACAGUGCUGAUGAAGCGGGUUUUUUCUCUGGGCAGAUGGCGGAUGGAAUGCUUGCUCCGGGUGAUCCGAUUUUCUUCAUGCAUCGUACGGUUUUUUCUCUAUCCUCUACCCUCUGUGUGUCUCACGAUAUCUCUAAUAUCCCUCAACAGACGCAAACCUGGACCGGCUCUACUGGGAAUGGCAACAGGCCGCUCCAGCAGAGCGCCUGCAUGCCAUCGGAGGCCCUAAUGUCCCUACCGCAGGCUUCUUACAGGCAAGCGGAUGGCCUGCUCCAGGGCCGGAAUUCACAAGCCACAGUGGGGAUCCGGCGGGCGAGACGACUUUGAACCAUGUCCUUUGGAUGGUCGGGCUGUUGCCGAAUGUUAGCGCGGGCCAGGUGUUGGAUUCGAGGGGUGCGGUGAUUUGUGCGGAGUAUGUCUAG